UCGUUCCGUAGCCAUUUUGGCUCAAGCCGGUCCCAUUUGCGCGCUCUCGUUUUGGGCCCCGCGGGUGGCCGCAGAGAUCGACUGCUUGGGGGAUGGCUGCGGGCGGCGGCCGAGCUGCCUGUGCGGCAGCCGAGCCGCCUCUGCACGGCGGGGCUGCGGCUUCGCUCUGGCCUGCGCGACGUGCCCGACGGGCCGCGGCGCGUGAGGCCGACCAGGGCAAGCUGUGGGCGGCGCUGGGGCGAGUCGCAGCCCUCGAGGCGGAACUCGCGGCUUUGCGGGUCGCCCACGAGGCGGCGGCGGCCCAGGCGCUGGCGCUGGCGGCCCAAGGCUCAGCCCAUCUUCCCAGCGAGGCGCUCCACCGCGAGGUCUCCGAGAGGCUGGCGCUGGCGGUCCCCGUCCUCCUGGAGGUGCUGGCAGGGCCGCAGCGUGCGGCGGCCGACACCUCUUCGGCCCCUCGGCCGCCUCCUGGGCCCUUGCGGCUUGCGGGAGCGGGCGAAGGAGAGCAGGGGAACGGGCAGGCAGCAGCGGCCGCCAGCGCUCACCGAGUCGACGGCGCCCCGAGCAUGCCCCUCAGCGGCGUGCCACAGGGUGCAGGCGACGGUGCUGGCACGGUCGCGGACGAGCCUACCCAGGCUCAGGCAGGCGAACGGUGGGGCAGCGGCAGCCGUGCGGUGGCUGGGGUGGGUCCGCUGCACCGUUCUCGGCGCAACGCUGGGCUCCACUGCGCAGCAAGGAGGGCCGCUAGCAUUUCGGUGACGCGGCAGUCCUCCCUCAAUCGCCUGCAGAGGUCUGCGAAGGCGGGGCGGGUUCACCUCGGAGGGCAAGCUCGGCACGGUCGCGUCCGCGGCGCUGGUGGUCGCGCACGGGCUCCUCUUCCUCUACCUCGCGCUGCUGGUGCAGCCUCCCAGGUGCGGCAGCGGUCGGAGGAGCGGCGCCCCCCUCUCCGAGGCGGCGCUCUUGCCCCGCCGCGCCGCCAGCCAGAGGCGCGUGCCGCCUGCGAGGCGGCCCCGAGCGAUUGGACGGUCGCUCGGGCCUACCGCGGGCGCAGCGCGCCGCCUGGCGUCAUCUUCGCGCUGGCCGAGCGCGCGAGGCGGGCUCCCGAGGCGAGCCUGCUGCCCUUGGCCUCGGGCCCGCGCUGGUGGAAGUGGAGCGUCGAGGACAGCGACGUAGUCGGCGUCGGCGGCGCCUCGCACGGCACCCACUUCGACAGCGAGGAGGCGCGGAAGGCUCCCGUGGCGGCGGCGCCCAUGGGGCUCGACAAGCACAGGCCUGAGAGCAGCGGCGCCUUCGGCGAGCACCCUGCCCCUCGGCCUUCUGAAGGUGAUGCUGUUCAUCCUCAUCGCCUCCCUGAUCCUGGUGCGGCGUGCAGCACUGCCUGCACCUCCUCUCCUGCUGCUUUCGCGGACCCCUCGAUCGUCACGGCGUACUUGCUGGCCAACGAGGCUGCCGUCCUCAGCGGUGGCAGCGAGAGGGCUGCUGGCGACGUCGACGGCGAGCUCAGCAUGCAGGUGGACGGCUCCCGCAACCAGGACGGAAACAGUGCUCUGGCCUCGGAUGCCGUGGCGCACGGCGGCUUCGACCUCUCCCCGCACCUCGGCACGCGCGGACGACGGCGUGGAGGCGGCUGGGCCCCAGCGCAACGGCGGCAGGAGCCUGGACGACGACGCCCUCCUCACUUCGCCUCCCUCGGGUUCCUGCUCCUGCUCUGGCGGCGGGGGGAUCGAUGUGGAGGACGGCGAGGGCGGCGUCGGCGGCGGCUGUACGCGCCACGGCUCGGAGACGGUGGCGCGCCAGGAGCCCGCGCGUGGGCCCAAGCGGCUCUUGGCGCUGCGCCGCCACGUCUUCGAGGGAACCGUGGCCCUCACGGUCGACCGUGACAUUCGGAGGCCGGGCUGGCAGGGCGACGGCGGCGACGACGCUCCUCCAGCUCCCUCAGCCUCCGAGCGAGAAGCUGGGCGCCUCUGGCUCCGUGACAUGUUCGGGCCUGGCUCCCCGUGGAGGGCGUGGGCCAGGCAGGAGCGGCAGCGGAGGCGCGAGGCGCAGCUCCAGCAGUAGGAGGAGGACACCGCUUUUUCUUGCGAGCGUGGAGCCCCCAGAGGGGCGGGAACGGGCACCCGCCCCGCCUGCCCCGGGGAGGCUGCUUCGCCCAGGGCUCGAGGGAGCCCUGGGCUCCUUUGGCCUUGCCAGCGCUGCUGAAGCUCAGGAGCGUGGCAGGGCCGCCAGAGCGGCCAGGGCUCAGCUCCAGCAGUAGGCGGGCUCGAGGGAGCCCUGGGCUCCUGAGCGGCCAGGAUGGCGGACCCCAGGCCUGCGGUCGGCCAAAGCGCGGAGUGUUGGUGGCCGCGCUUCGGGGUCUGGUCCUGGCGGGCUGCGGGCUCGCGCAAGCAUUGUUUGCGGGGCCGUGAGACGGCAUCUGAAUUUAUCCGUGCAUGAUAAGCCUCAGGGUGAUGGGAUAAAAAUGCCUUUGUCGUAUGAUCUUGCUGCGCUGCAGUGCCGAGUGCCGACUCACGGCCAGUUCCAGGCAAGGCAUCAUCCUCGCAGGAGCGAGGUGGUCGGCCUCUCGCCUUCGGCACAAGCCGGACUUUGCCAACGGAGGUCAGCUCUGGCCUCUUCAGGGUUCAAGGGCCCGC